AUGAGAACCGGAGCAGAGUGUGAAAGAGACUCAAAAGUUGUGCAAGGAUUAGUGAGAGAAGAGGAGUGGAUUUCCAGUAGUCACGGGCAGUUUAGGUCCGUCACGGACAGUUAUGGUCAAUCAUGGACUAUAUCUAUAGCGAUGGAUGAAGGAAUUAGGAGGGAGAAUCCCAGUGGAAAAAAUCAUUGCACGGACGAUGUAGGAGGAUACAUAAGUAGCGGCUGGCCCAGUGGCGGAAGUAGCGGAUGGAAAUCUGGUUGGAGUAGUGGUGGUGGCAGCGGAGGCGGCUGGAACGGAGGUGGAGGUGGAGGCGGGGGUGGCUGGAAUGGCGGUGGUGGGGGUGGUAAAAUUAUAAAAGUUAUCACAGUCAGCGGCGGAGGUGGAGGAUGGCCCAGCGGUGGUGGAGGCGGUUGGAAACUAGGAGGUGGUGGAAGUGGAGGUGGUUGGCCGAGCGGCGGUGGUAGUGGUUGGAAAACUGGUGGAGGUGGUGGCGGCUGGCCCAGUAGUGGCUGGUCCAGCGGCGGUAGCAGUGGAUGGAAACCCAGCGGUGGCGGGUGGAAAUCUGGAGGCGGUGGAGGCGGAUGGUCUGGAGGCAGUGGUGGUUGGUGGUAAGAAAUCGAAGCACCUUAAGCCGAGAAACUAAAUGAUGCAUUUUCACUAAUCACCGAUGAAAAAAAAAAUCAAGCAUCGCCAAAAAUGGACACCAGGCAGGAGGCCUUUCCUUGUUCAUUUAUUUAUAAAGUUAUCAGGACAGCAAGGUGAAACAAAAAAUAAUACGUCGCGGUUUCAUGCGACUGCGUCAAUUUGUAUAUUGCACCAAAUAUAAAUUUUUGCAUGGAAACACAA